CGGGUGAUGAUUGGAAUCAGUUAUGGGUCGUAACAAGAACAAGAAUAACAGAUCCGUUGCUCGCAGCCGAGCAGGUUUACAAGCAGGCGGCGGCAAAGUAGGCAACAAUAAUAAUAAAGCAGGCUUGAAGAAAGAUACUGGAUUACCGGCCUUUUUCAAACAGAGAAAGCAACUUUUUGCUCAAAAUGGUUCUUCACCUUUGGAAAAUUUUUCUGCAACAUCGGAUGCUAUGGAAACAGCAGAGAACGAUAUUAGGGACUUGAUCGCACCCAAAGACGGGUUCGAGCGAGCUUCAAGGGAUCUAGCAUUGAGUGGAAAGAGGGACAAUAGCGCAAAAGCAUUUAUGCGAGAUGUGAAACAAGUGAUCGAGAAUAGCGAUGUGAUUUUACAGGUGCUGGAUGCAAGAGAUCCUCUAGGAAGUCGAUCGAAGCAAACAGAACAAAUGGCAUUGGCACAUGGCAAAAGGGUGGUUUUGGUAUUGAAUAAAGUAGAUUUGAUCCCAUUGGCGAAUAUGCAAUCUUGGUUACGAUAUUUGCGUAAUGAUUUUCCAACACUAGCAUUCAAAGCAAGUACUCAACAACAGAGGGGCAAUCUCAAACAAGGUCGUGGAUCGGUGGAUGUCGGCAGCAAGAACGCAAAGAAUGCAGGCGAGUCAAGCAAUGAGAAAUUAUCACAUGGAUCAGAAGCAAUCGGGGCAAAUGCAUUAUUGCAAUUGCUCAAGAACUAUGCUCGUACAACCGCAAAAGGAUCCAAUCUCAAACAACAAAUCAAUGUUGGCGUUGUUGGACCUCCAAAUGUUGGUAAGAGUAGUUUGAUCAACAGUUUAUUGCGUACGCGUGCUUGUGCUGUUGCCAGUACACCUGGAUGGACAAAAGUUGUUCAAGGUGUGAUGUUGGAAAAGGGGAUCAGAUUGCUAGAUUGUCCUGGAGUCGUUCUUGGUGGAGCUGGAUUCGAACAAAUGGCUGAUGUAGCAAAUGGAGAUGGAACAGCAACAAAAGAUGAAGUUGCUUGGAGCGUUUUACGGAAUACAGUCAAGGUUGAAUUGAUUGAUGAUCCUAUUGCACCCAUCCAAGCUAUGCUGGGUCGCGUUGAUGCUGAACAAUUAUCAACCUUGUACAACAUCGAAGGCGGUUUCAACGAAGGCGAUGCACAUGACUUUUUGCUUCGAGUCGCUCUGAUGCGUGGAAAGUUGGGUAAAGGUGGUAUUCCGGAUCUAGAAGGAGCUGCACGGAUUGUGUUGCACGAUUGGAACAUCGGCAAGAUUUCCUUCUACUCGACACCUCCAGCAGUCCAUCAUUCAUUACAAAAGCCAGGUCAAGAAGCAGGGCAAGCUGCAGAGGCGACCAACACUGAUGCUGGAAAUGCAAACGGCGCAGGUGAUGGCCUUGUUGCAGGUAGCUCUCUUGUAACAGGAUUCAGCGAUGCUUUCGACCUUGCAGCGUUGCUCGGAGAAGCUGAUGCAGAAGCGAUGGGUGUCAGAAAAGAUGAUGACUUCAAGACAGCAGGGCGUGGUAAAGAUUUGAUCGUUGCUAGAGAUCGGGUGUAUGCGUCUGACAAGGCAGCUGUUGAGCCUGAAGCGAUUAUAGAAGAUGAAGAGCAGAUAGAGGCUGCUACAGCCCUUCAAGCUGACACAUCACGAUCAAGCUUGGGUAAGAGAAGGAGAGGUAUGGAUGAAAUGGAUUCGUCCGAUGAAGAAGAGGAAGAUGAGCAAAGCAAUCUAUCGGACGAUGACAUGAUCGCAGGCACAGACAGACAGUCUAGGCCAAGUAGACGAAGACCAUCUCUGUCCGUCAUGUUCGAUCAAUCUGGUAUACCCAACACGGACGAAGACGAAAGAAGAGGAAGAUCGCCGAUUUCACGCGAUGUGAUGACCGAUGGAACGGGAGCAAAACGUGAACCAGUCUUAAGUCGUCAACAACGUGAAUUACAAAGAGCAUUAGGUGAACAUGAAGUUGCGGGAAUGGCACGUAAACGAGGAGAUGUUCGAAAAGCAGCCAAGAAAUCGCAGAAGCGCCUGAAGAAAAGUGGUGCAGGUUUGGUGGACGUUUGGAAUUCUAGCAUGGCUUUGGGAAGUCAAGGAGGCGAUGUGAUAGACGAAGACGUUGACAUUGAUGAAGACAACGACAAUGCUAGCCCUAAGAACAAAGGAUUAUUUGAAUUGCUAGAAAGCCGCGACCAAGGACCAGCACAACAAGAAGAAGAGGAGGAGGAAUUGUAGAAAUAUUUUGUACACCAUUGUAAAACAGAUUAUGCAUACUCACAAAUACC